GCACAGCUAAAGUUAGUCAUGGUGCCGUGUUUUGGUUUGCCAGUGCUUACGUUUCUUGCUCUGCCGAGCUUAUUGCUUGGGGAGUUGGUGUUCCACUGCCCAAGCUGCACGGCGGAGCGCCAAGCUGCUUGUCCUAAGCUCGCCACCACGUGUACGGAGAUAGUCAGGGAGCCUGGCUGUGGCUGCUGUCCAGUGUGUGCCCGGCUACAAGGGGAAUUCUGCGGCGUCUACACGCCAAGGUGUUCCACAGGGCUGCGGUGUUAUCCCACAGCAGAUUCAGAACUGCCAUUGGAACAGCUUGUUCAGGGGUUAGGGCGAUGCUCACCCAAAGUGGACACCAUACCCCAACUGACUCAAGAUCACUGGGACAUGAGUAUGGAGUCGCAGGGUACUGAAGCCCCACCUCAGAAAAAGCCGGCCAAAGAUGGCAGCCUGUGGAUGUGGUCCAAAGAGACGGCCGUGAGGCACGCCCAAAAUGAGCUGAAGACCAAGAUGAAGACCAACCAGCAUGCCGAGGAACCCAGGCCCUCGCCACCUACUAAGAGCCCCUGUGAACAGGAGCUUGACCAGGUGCUGAAAGAGAUCUCCAAAAUGACAUUCUUCGACAACAGGGGACCACUCGAGAAUCUUUAUGAGCUCAAUUUGCCCAACUGUGACAGGAGAGGCCAGUACAAUCUCAAACAGUGUCACAUGUCCGCCCAUGGUCAGCGGGGUGAGUGCUGGUGCGUUAACCCCUUCACGGGUGUCCAGAUCGCCAAGUCCACCAAGGUGCGGGGGGAUCCCAAAUGCAGUCAGUAUGUGGAGGAGACUGGGGCACUGCCCACUGUUCUCCUGCAGAUGGCAGAGAUAUAGCAGCACACACACACACACACAGAAACACAUGUGGCACGGCCAAAAAUGACUCAGGCUGACAGCUGAUGUUGUGUGCAUGGUUUUUACGUUUACGCAGUAGGUGAGGCCAUCGUGUCUUUAUGGGUGUAUGUGUCCGUGAGAGGCACUGGUAAUGUGUAUUUUUAUCGUCGUGAGAUUGCAUGAACGUGGAAUUGUAAUGUUUUAUCUGAACAAACCAUGGUUCUUAGUUAUUCAAUUAACUUGAACUAUUAAUUUAGGUUCAGUAAUAACCCUGCAAACCGUUCAAAAAACAUUGCGAUAACUCUUAGUUUGCACCAACAUUAUCCUCACAAAACUGGCCUGUCGUGGUUAUAUCCAUAUUUUGUUUUGUACUUUUAUUUUCACCUCACUUGACAAAAAAUAUAUUUUUGCCUGUCCUUUAAAAUGUUCACCGAAUAUUGCAUUAGGUUGUUUGUAUGAAACGGCACUGUAUGUUGCCAAAACCAAAACUGUCCGGUUGUUUGGAAGAUAAUAUACAUUUUCUCAAAAGACAUUCACCUGAUGUAGGAAACAAACAAAAAAACAUUCUCAUAUACACACACACACAUUUAGUCUAUUAAAGGUUCCCAGAAUACAUUAGGUUGUGGUAACAGUCUGGAAAAACUUGACCUUUUGUUGCAAAGUUACUUGACCUUUUGCUGAAAAGAUAUAUUAAUAAGGUUUUGCAUAAAUGGGCAUAUGACAAGAGUCAGUUCUCAUGAUGUUCACAGCAGUUUUGUUUAAGAUGUUACAUACUGUUCCAUUGAUAUUCACAAAGUAGGGUUCAUACAGUCAUGACAAAAUCUAAUUCAAGGACUUUCCGGCACUUUUUCAAGCAUAAUGUCCUUAUUUUCAUGGACAUCACCUGAACCAAGUAAUAUUACUAUAUAUUGUUUAUUAAUUCAAAAAUAAUAGCAUCAACAGCAUCAAGUAUCAUCUCUGCUUAACCUACUUAACAAGAAUCCAAAAACCAGCCAGGUAUGCACCCUGGUAUUUGACUACACUUUCAUGUUGUUACUUGACGCUGGAACUAAAAUCCAUUGAAGUAAAUGAAACAGAACAGACCUGCCGCCAUCACCAACACAGUCAACUGCGUCAGGUAUUUCUCUCAUGUCUAUGUGAGCAUCUCUGCUAAAUUGAGCUGACAGAUUAACAUAAAAGAAUCGUUUCAUGCACUAUUACAUCUGAAAUUGUGUAAUAUACUUAUAUAAAACAAAUAGUCCACUUAGUAUCUAUAAUUUAGGUGCCAAUAUUAAAAGUGUAUUGCGUUGGUAAUCACAUGUGGUAUAAAGAUUUCUGGUCUUUUUAGGAAAACAGAGGAAUUUCCCAAUCCCCAUGUUACAUGAGCUUCCCUAAGCCUAGUACGUUAUUUAUUACAUUACUGUUUUGGGCUGAAUACUGAAAACGAUUACUGUCUUACCUGCUUUGAUUUUGAGCCUAGCUGCAAGAAAAAAAAUUACCUAAUAACUACAAAAAAAAUUUAAGUUAUUUAUUGUGAACUGUUUGGAAGUUGUUUCUUCUAAACCAAAGUUAAAAGUAAAAGUCAACAAGUCAGUAAGGGUGACUUGCCAAUAUUAUCAGCAUAAAGCCAGACAACUACCUUACUAAUAUAGGCCCAUUUGAAAGAUAAUUGUAGGAAGGUUUUUGGUCUGUAAAAGUCCAAGGUGUGCCGUAUAGCCAACUGCACGUCUGGUGUGUUUACUUACAUUGAAUAAGACAAUAAAUAAGACAACAAAUGA